AUCUUCAGUGGGUAGCUCGCACAGCAAGGAAGGCGCGAUGAAGCGCCUCUUGCACAAGCAUCAAACACUGGAGAAGGAUCGGUACGCGCCGGUAGUGGUUCCUGAGGAGAAGGAGAAUGCGAGGAGACAGGAGGAGGAGCCGGCGCAAGGCGAGCAGGAGCAGAUGGAGCAGGACCACCAGGAAGCAGCUGUCGAGGACAGACAUGCGCCCAACCGUCAGCAUGUUCGAGCGCAGGUUGCAAGGGAGCCGGUCAUGUCGGUUGAGGGGCAGAGAGAAAUGGACGAGAUGAUCGGCAUGCAGAUCGGGAAGGCGAUCAGUCGAGCAGUGGCAGGAACUCUCAAGGAGGAGAUCCACCACGUCCUCGUCUCCGAGUUGUCCAGAGAGAAGGCGGCGAAGGCUUCAAAGCAUGUACCUGCGAAGCAGCAGCGCAACAACCAGCAGGUCGCCGCCAAAAGAAGCGCACCAAAGGAAGCCUAUCCAGCAGCCACGUCGCCGCCUGUGAAAGUUGGUCAUCCAGUCGAGGCCAAGAAGGCAGCAGCUGCUGUGGGAGCAGGAGGAGCUCGCAAGGUCGCAGCCUCGCAGGAGGAACCUGCUGCUGCAAAUGCACAAGACCCGAGGAAGGAGCUCGACGAGCUUCAAUCCAAGGUGGAGACGUUGGCAGCAAUGGAACGAGAGGCGCUGGACAACCUCCCGCAGGUAGAGAACAAGGAGGCUCUUGCCCGCUCCUCCAUCGCCAGCACCCUUCAGUCCCUGAGGAUAGCCAAGGACAGGAGCGUGUUGGCGCAGCGAGCUGUGGAUGACGAUAAAGUGACAUCGAACAUGCAGCAGCUCAAGUUCGAUCAGAUGACCGCACAGCGCGCGACUGAGAUCGAGGAUGCGGUGAAGAGGGAGUUGCAGAAGGAGCUUCAUCGGCAGGCGGAGCUGAAGCUGGAGGCAGAGAGAGGCCCGCUGCUCGCUCGGCGACUGCACCUGGCCAGGAAGGAGCUGAGGGAGGAGAAGGAUAAGAUGAAGAGAUGGUCGGAGGAGCAGGAGGCGCAGAAGCUGGAGGAGAACAUGAACUUUGCAGCCUGAGGAGGAGGAGAGCUGGGUGUUCACUUGAUAUUGUUUGUCUUGUUUCUCUGUCUCGUCCCUUUUCCUUCCGCUUGCUCCCUCUCACUUAUCUGUAAUCCUUUUCUUCUUCUCUUCUCCUCUCUUCCCUUCUGUCUCUCUAUCUCUUUCUGUCUUUCUUUAAACUUUUUUAAAAAAUUGCUUAUCAUCCCG